AUGAAUUACACAAAGAAUGCGAAAUUUAAAACAUCCCCCUUCACGGGGUUUAAUAAUGCAAAGCCAAUUGCGGAAAACCCCAAGAUCCACGCAUCCAUAAGGGAAAAGCAACUAAAAAUUGCCGAGUUAAUGAUUUACAGGAAAAAAGACAAUGAGGUGAAAAAAAAUGUGAACUUCCUCCCGCCAGAAAAGAAAGAAGCGACGGAGGAAAAGGACGAUAUAGAUGAAACAAAGAAAUUUAGCAUAUCCAAUGCAUCGAUAGCGGAUAUUCUGAACAAAAAAUUAUUUGGCAAUAGUUCUACCUGGAACAGUAAGAACAAGACUCGAUCUCGUAUCUACAAAAGCAAAAGUGGAGAAAAAUUGUCCAUAUUAAGCAACUACAGAAAUACAUUUGCGCAUAAAGAAGAUUCGACCAUUACUAAUAAAGUGAAUGAAAGUCAGAAGGAGAACCUGAAGGAAUUUCUGCGAAUGAAAAGUUGUGCAUAUUCUUCAAAAAGUAUUUUUUUUGCGCAAAAAAAGUUAAGUAAUAUAUCCAAGAAAAGCUAUUCUGCUGAUAGAAUAGUUUCCUUGAAUUCGCAAAAAUCAGGGGAGGAAGUAGAUGCCACCAGGAGGGGCAUAUCAUUAAUGCAAAGGUUACGCAGUGAUCCUACUAACACGGAUGCUGCUAACGAGAGUGGUCAUGACGACCUGGACUAUGGGAGUUAUUAUAAUCUUAAUGAAGACAUGAGUAAUGGGGAGAAUAGGGGCAGUGCUCCGAACCCUCACAAUGCAGACAACCAUGGCAAUAAUGCCAAAAGGAACGAAUUAAAAAAAAACAAAAAUGAAUCUCAUACGUAUAAGAAUACACGUUCUUACGGGUUCUUUAAAAACCGAAAAAGUGUAAAGUCGUCACCAAGUCACGAGAACGAACCCAAAGACAAAAAAAGGAGAAUCAAUUCUUUUUUUAAUUUUUUAAACCUAAAAAAAAGGUAUAAUAAAAGAAAAGAUGAUCUUCAAGCCCAAAAGGACAAAAAAAAGAAAAAUACUUCUAAGGCAGAGGAAGAAAUCAAUUGCCCUAGUUCAGAUAGAGAGAACUCUUCAAGUUCCCACCAAAGUAAAAAAAACAUAAAAUCCUUUUUCUGCGUUAAGUGA